CCCAAACAAAGUAUGAUUCAUAACUUCUCUAAACCAUACCUUACCAUCCUUUAUAAAACCCCCCAUCCAAGCAAAGCUCUAAUCUCCAGCAAUGUUCCGAUUGAUCACCAAAAACCUAACAACAAUCCAAACCAAAAACCCCAGAAAUCCAACACCACCAAUCCCCAAUUCCUCCUCCAUUGCAUUCUACCUCAUCGACUCCUUUGGCCUCUCGCCGGAGAAGGCCUUCGCUGCCGUCAAGAAGCUCAACUGUCGGUGCAAGCUCGAUAUCAAGAGCGACAAGAUCAAAGCCAGGCUUGAUCCCAAUGCCGUCCCCUCCUUCUUCGUCUCCAAUGGCUUCACCAAGGACCAGAUCUCCAAGAUCAUCAUCAAGUUCCCCCGAAUCCUCCUCUGCCGCCCUAAUCGAACGCUCAAGCCUAAGAUUGACUUCUUUCUCGGCGCCGGCUUCUCCCGUAGCGACUUGGCGAGGCUCAUGUCCGAUGAUGUGGAGAUCUUGCAAGCGAGCUUGAACAAGCGGAUCAUCCCAGUUUUCGAUUUUUUGAAGACGAUCCUUUACUCGGACAAAGAGGUCAUUGCUGCAUUGAAGCAAGCCCCACGGUUGCUUCACUACCAUGCUGAGAAGAGGAUUUCGCCCAACGUCGAGACCCUGCGCGGUUUCGGCAUGCCAGAGCACAGGAUCUACACGCUCUCAAAGGCUCGUGCGAGGAUACUCGUCUGUGAAACCGAUCGGUUUCGUAGAUCGAUUGAGAGGGUCAGAGACUUGGGUUUCAAGGUGUCAGACUACUCGUUCGUCGUCGCGCUUCAAUGCGUCUCCUGGUUGAGCGCUGCUACUUGGGAAAGGAAGGUGGUGGCUCUCAAGAGCUUUGGGUUGUCUGAAGACCAGAUCCUUUUGGUUUUCAAGAAGGAACCUGCGGUUAUGAUCAUUUCUGAGGAUAAGCUGAAGAGAAACAUGAGUUUCUUUGUGAGCAGGGUGAAUUGGUCGCCGGAGUAUGUGGUUUUGGAGCCGCGUCUGCUUGGCUUCAGCCUUGAGAGAAGGCUUUUGCCAAGGACUUUGACUUGCGAAGUUCUGUUGUCCAAGGGUUUGAUAAGUGAUAAAGCUUUCAAUCAUCGGGUGUUUCUUAUGAAUGAAAGCAGGUUUUUUGAGAAGUAUGUGAUGAGGUAUCAGGAGGAGCAUCCUCAAGUGCUGGAGGUCUACCAGGCUGCGCUGAAACAACAGCAUUAGAAGGAUGAGGCUGCUGGGGGCAUUGGAUUUUUCAAGCGUUCUGCUUCUUCACUUGACCAAGUGAAGAUUUUGAAAGUAGGGAGUGAAAAUGCAUAUUUAACUUGUCAUUUGUUAGCAUUUCAGCUCAAAAGUCACAAGAAGCAUGAGGUGAAAAUAUCCUUCUAUAUAAGUUCUUCAAAGGCAAGCUUUUGAUGUGAAUUCUUAUUAGAAGAUCUUGUGAGCUAGAAAUGUAAUCUACAGCAGAAAAAUAAAAAUGGAAAGAAAGGCGAUGAGAGAACAGAAGCAGCACGAUGGCACUGCAUAACAUCCGGUAAGAAUGGUUCCAAGCUUUCAGCAUCAUAGUGUUUCAUUUCUCGAUUCAAAAUAGAGCAAUGUGCAUUUUGGAGACAUUAGCAUGUGCUGCACCCAAGUGGAAUUCCAAUAGGUUGUUGUUUAAUCUAGUUGAAGUGAUCGAUCAUCUGAUCAAGUUCAGAGGUUUCUUAGUGUUGCCUGGUGCACCGAAUUUCCUGUGCCUUGUUUGUUCAUGUUUAAUUUGAUCUUGCAUAACUUUAGAUUUUGUUUAGCUUUUAGUAUAUAGUUGGAAAGUGUAUCAAGAUAACAAUGUUGUCUAGUGAAUUGAUUUGCAUUUGUAUUAA